UACGCUAAAGGCAGACGUUUCUCCUCGUGCCGCUACGGCAACACGCGCUGUCUUCAUACAAUUUUGGCGUCGAAGCCGGCGCACGCGCACGUGCUAAACAUAUCCUCGAAUUUUGUGCAAAAAACAGUGAAUUUGCGAUUCAACACACGAACUAAUACAGAAGGAUACAUCUGUUAAGAUGUUCAAGACACUUGCAUUUUACAUAGCACUCGUCGCUGUCGGCGCGGGAGUGGGCUUCAAAUACUACCUCGAGGCAGUGCCAGAUCUGCCGGAGUUGGAUUACCAGAGGUGGUGGGGCGACGGCCAGAAGCCGCAGAAAGACGAUGAGUCUAUACGUCCAUUCAAAGUCACUUUCAACGAUUCGAUGAUAGAUGAUUUAAAACAACGUUUGAUCAAAAGGCGUCCUUUUCGACAGUCCUUAGAGGGCACACAGUCUCUUUACGGUAUGAAUACAUUGUAUUUAGAGAAAAUAAUCAAGUAUUGGCUGGAAGAAUACAACUUUAAGGAGAGAGCAGACAGAUUGAACAGAUUCCCUCAUUUCAAAACAAGGAUUCAAGGUCUCGAUAUUCAUUACAUGCACGUUAAACCUGAGGCCAAAGAUAAGAAGGUUUUGCCAUUGUUAAUGUUACACGGAUGGCCCAGUUCUUCAAAAGAGUUUGACAUAGUGAUACCUAUGUUAACUAAACCCGUUGAGGGAUACGAUUUCGUGUUUGAAGUCAUCGCUGCCGAUCUGCCAGGCUUUGGAUUUUCGCAGGGAACAAAUAAGCGCGGUCUGAGCCCCUUACAGAUCGCCAUAAUAAUGAGAAACCUCAUGAAACGUGUAGGAUUCAAGCAGUACUAUAUCCAAGCUGGUGAUUGGGGUUCACAGGUCGCCACACAUAUGACUACCGUAUUUCCAAAUGAUAUCUUAGGAUUUCACACAAACAUGCCUUUAUCUUCAAGACCGAUAAGCGACGUGAAAUUUUUCCUGGGAUCCUUCUUCCCGAGUCUAUUUAUGGAGCAGAAAUACAUAAGCAGAAUCUAUCCUCUCAAGAAAUUCUUCGAUUAUGUCGUGCGAGAAAGUGGGUACCUUCACUUGCAGGCAACGAAGCCAGAUUCUGUUGGUGUAGCUCUAACCGACUCUCCAGCCGGAUUAGCGGCGUACACUUUAGAGAAAAUCGCCGUAUGCAGUAACCGCGACCAACUAGACACCCCCCACGGUGGCUUAGAGAACAUAGCUUUGGACGAUCUAUUGGAUACCGUUACUAUCCUUUGGGCAAACGACUGCAUUGUAACUUCGAUGCGAAUUUAUAUGGAAGCUUUCGCGUCUGAUGAUGUCUUCGUUGUUCACAACAUUCCCACUCCAGUGCCAACCGCUGCGAUCAAAUUCAAGUAUGAAGUGGUAUACCAACCCGACUGGAUACUUCGUGACAAAUUUCUAAACCUCGUCCGAUCGACCACACUCGAUUUUGGUGGCCAUUUCGCUGCACUGCACACACCUAAAGAUUUAGCGGACGACGUUUUUGCAGCUGUCAACGACAUCAUAAAAUUUCACAAAAACGCAUCGAGCAAUAAUUCCAAUCCAACCAAAUAAAUGUAAUUGAAGACUUAAGACUGUACGUGAAUUGAUAGUGGCUUUACGUUUAUCUUUGUAUGAAGAACCGUCGAUUUAGAUUAUCGCCAUAUCCGAUCGUGCCAACGAUUCGAGAAUUUCAAGAUUUUCUGAUACCUAUUUGUAUAGCUUUGUAAACAAACGUGGAUAUGCGGACGUGUAAAUCGACGUUGAGUAUUUUGAAAUUUAUUAGUUAAUAAGCGUUCAUAAUUAACACACGUGUACAGUGGCGUAGCUAGGGAGACAAGGGCCCUGGUGCAUAGGGAAAGAAUCGGGCCCUCCUCCCCUCUUUCCACCUUCCUCCUCCUCCACCCCUCUUUCAAAACUGAGGUUAGAGGGCCCCUGAGCUCCGGGGCCCUGGUGCACUGCACCACCCGGCCCUAUGAUAGCUACGCCACUGCACGUGUAUCGGUGUAUUCCCCCUCCUCCAUUGUUAUAACAUUUCAUACGUUAAGAUAAUACGUACAGCGUAAGUCAUAGUAAUGAUUGUUUAUAAAGAUUGUGUGAUGGCACAGACUGAUUUUUAGUUGCAUAUUUUAUACUUCUGUCAUUUUUAUAUUUAAGUAAUAAAGUGGUUUUAUAAAACGAUAGCUGUAUUUAAAACGUUUUUGAUUAAAAACGUUUUUAAAUCAAUUGAAUAUAACAAGUGGUCGUAGAGCUUUAGGGCUCAACGAAUAAGUACUUCAAUAUUAAUAUUUGUUAUGUAACUAUUACGUCAUAUUGACCAUUAUUUUGCACUUGAAGUAAUUUUCACUUUAGCUCAUGUAAAACUGAAGUUGUCAGAUGGUCAUUAUGAUGUAUAAACAUAUUGAACACUUUAAAAUAGAUUAGAUGGAGAAAAGGACAAUUAAAACAUUCCAACAUUUAAA